AUGGCGAGGAACUUUCAAGACAUCCAGCAGUUGGACUCAGAAGAAAAUGACCAUCAGCUUGGUAGAGGGGAGGGGCCAGCCCAGCCCCUUGCACAGUGUUUCUGCUCCAGCCUCCACCUCAAUCUGCUCGCCCUGGGCUUCAACAUCUUGCUGCUGGUGGUCAUCUGUGUGAUUGGGUUCCGAAGUACGCAGCUGCAGGCAGAACUGCGGACCCUGAAGGAGACUUUCAGCAACUUCUCCUCGAGCACCCUGAUGGAGAUCCAGACUCUUGGCAGCCAUGGAGGGAGCGUAGGUAACACAAUCUCGUCUCUGCGAGUCAAGCUGGAGAAACAGCAGCAGGCCCUGAAAGCAGAUCAUUUCGCCUUGCUCCUUCACCUGAAGCACUUCCCGUUGGACCUGCGCAUCCUGGCCUGCCAUAUGACGUUACUCCAUGGCAACGGUUCUGAAAACACCUGCUGCCCUGUCAACUGGGUGGAGUACCAGGGCAGCUGCUACUGGUUCUCUCGCUCUGGGAAGACAUGGUUUGGUGCUAAAGAGUACUGCCAGCUGGAGAAUGCCCACCUGGUGGUCAUCAACUCCCGGGAGGAGCAGAAAUUUGUUGCACAUCACACGAGCCCUUUUGGUACCUGGAUAGGUCUCACUGACAGUGAUGGGUCCUGGAAAUGGGUGGAUGGUACAGAUUAUAGUUCCAACUACAAGAACUGGGCUGCCACUCAGCCGGAUGACUGGCAGGGGCACGAGCUGGGUGGAAGUGAAGACUGUGCAGAGGUCCGGCCAGAUGGCCGCUGGAACGACGAUUUCUGCCUGCAGGUGUACCGCUGGGUGUGCGAGAAGAGGCGGAAUGUCACCAUCGAGGCACCCUGA